AUGGACAUGACGUCACCGACAGCUAAUGUCACACACGGAUUAAAGAUGGCGCCCUCUCAUGCGCUGAGGUGCUGUAAACGGGCUCUGAAUUGGAUACCUGUGCUGUUUAUAAACCUGGUUGUUGGCUGGUCUUAUUACGCCUAUGUCGUGGAGCUCUGUGUCUGUAAGUAUAUUCACUUUUGCACGCAUUUAGCCUUCACGGGGUCGAUGUGUGGUCGUGUUGACAGUUUCAGGGUUGCCAACUUUGCCAAGCUCAGUGAAGUGAGAUUUCUAUAUGACCCCAGGCUGCGUUUACUUAUACCUGUUAUUUUUAUUACAGCAGCCUGAUAUUGUUGUUCACCUUUAUUUAACCACUGACAUACAUAGUUAUUCUGGAGGUGAAUAUUAUCAUUAUGUUGACUUAAUUUGACAACUUUUUCCCUGUUAAAAUGGGAGUUGAGAGUCCCUGGGUAGCUUAGUUAUUAAUUGAUAAUAACUUUACAAGGAUGAUUGUAUUGCCUCAGGUAGAUAAGAGUGAAGCAGUCAAAACAUAAAAUAAAUAGGCAAACACCUUCAGAUUUUCUCUCCAAACAUGCUAUUGUUCAUGAGUGGACCUGCAGUUUAUAAGAUGCUUUUAAUAUUGUCAUAUGUGUAAAGGUAAAGUGAAUAAAAAUCAAAGUUGGAAUUUUUUGACCAGCCUUUGUCCUCUGUUAAACUUGAAACUUCAGGGAAUACUUGUUAUUAACAGUUUAAAUAAUCUGUGGGACAAUAAUUGAGGGCUUUAAACUGCAAAUCUUUUAAACUGAUCAACAUUUGUUUUAAAAGCAGGUUACUAAUCAACCCAUUUUUUUCUGAAACAAUGGAAAUACUUUGGUAAAAUGCUUGAUAUAAUCAUCUGUGUUUCUGGCCAAAGGUUGAUCUUGAGUUAAUGUGAUUAAACUGCAACACUUCUAAAUCCAUGAAUGCAACAAAACAGACUACUGGUCCAGACAAAAACAUUGUUUUUUAAAAGUCUUUUAUUUUACAUCUUUAAACAGAAGCAAGAGAAGAUAUGAUUAUUUUGCUUUUGUUUAAUUUUAUCAUCUAAGAUCUAACAAGUAGAUCUUGAAAUAAUUCUGCCUACAUAUGUUUUAAACAAAUAAUUUCCAGUUGUCUCUGCACUGAGAGGACUCUUGUAGUUUUCUUUUCUUUUUAAACGAGGAACUAACAAUGCUGUGGUCAGCUUAUAGCUGUGCUGUAGAUAUGUAUGCAUCUCCUCAACUGUGGUCAGGACAGGGACAUCCCUGCAGCUCAAACAAAGCGCCCUGUCAUGGGAGGGUCACUGCUGGCCGUGCCAGGCUGCAGCCGCAUGGUGGGAGAAAGGGGUGGUGUGUGUGCUGUUUGUGUGUGAGUGCUGGGGGGAGUAGUCAUGCAUUUUAAGGUCAUCUCUCAUUAUUAAUUAAACAUUUUUUCUUUGUCUUUUGUAGAUACAAUCCCAAAUAAUGCAGAAAGAAGUAAGUUUUUCUUUUUGUCCAUGAAUUUGAUUAUUAUUUUACAUUUAAUCAUUCCUCUAAAAGCUGAUGACAAGAUGCUACUUAAACUUUAAACCAAACUAUGUUUUUUCCAACAGUCAGCUACUUGGUCAUCUUCCACAUUUUCUUUGCCAUGUUUAUAUGGUCCUACUGGAAAACUAUCUGGUCCACACCAGCUGGCCCCUCAAAAGCAGUAAGUCAUGACUGUGUAUCUGUCACACUCUGUCAAAAAACAAAAAGGUUUACAAUGAAGAUUUUCUGGAAAGAGUUUUGAUGAUAUUUAAAAAAUAAACAAACUUGCAUGAUUGUCACAUAAAGAUUUCAAUACAUUUUUACAUUAGAUGACAUGGCCAUCACUGACUACAGUCUUCUCUUCUCCCGUCAGUUCGGUCUUCCCCGAGCAGAGAAGGAACUGUAUGAACGAGAGGAGCGAGCCGAGGCGCAGCAGGAGAUUCUGAAGAAAGUGGCGAGGACGUUACCUGUUUAUACGCGCACGGCAGGAGGAGGUGAGACUUGCAACAUUGCCUACAGUUUUAGAGCACAGCAGCUGAUUCUAAAAUGUACCACCAAAAAUAGGGUUUUGCAGUUUUCACUGUUAAUUCUCCUUAAGUAGCAUGUCACAGAGAUACUGCAGUGUUUGACGAUCAUGUGAAAAACACAACAGAGGCAGUGUAGAGGAAAUUGCGCAAAUGUGUUGCCACACUUUGUCUUCCUCUUUUGGACAGAAAAAAACAACAACUCUGUUUUUAUCUUGGUAGCAAAAAAAGAAAUUGAAAAAGAAAGUUAUUUUUGACCUCAUUUCAAACUUAACAGUUUCUGCUAAGAGCUCAAGGGCACAGAGCUGUCACGUCAGCUGGUGCAAUAGGGUACACUUACUGUGAAUGUGCAUAUCUGCAGUUUUUUUAAGGGUCAUUGGAAAAGUAGGUGAUUUUUUCUGUCCUGCGCAAAAUGAACACAAACCAAGUAUGAAUACUGUUGUAGAGGAAUCCACCAGGUGAAAACUUGAGAGUUAUUUCACAUUUCUUGAGUUUCUUUUUAUUCAGUUUUCCACAUUGUGGUGCUUGCUGGCAUGAAGAUAUGUCCUGCUUAUUAUUUCUGAAGUAUUUUCACAUGUACAAUGUCAGACAUGUCUGUGAGGGUUUAGUGCUUAUUCCCAAGGUUUAGGUGAAAGUCAUUAUUUGUCCACUACCAGGGAAACCGAACUUACCUGUCUUGGCUUUACAGAUCUGCUUUUAUGAGGAGGAUAAUUUGGUCUUUGUUUGCUCUUUUGACUACACUUUACCUUUUUUUUGUCACUCACAAUAAUGAUCUCAUUUGCUUGGUUUCACAUCUCUGAUUAUACUGAACCUUGAAGCACAAACAAAAAGACGACAUACUGUACAUGAUACAUUUUUUUGGAAAAUUGUGGGUUUUUUUUUUAAAUCAAAAGAAGAGUCUGCAGAGUUACAAGAAAAAAAUGUGCCUCAAAUUCUACUUUGGAGGAAAAAUUUGCGACUUUGAACUGAAUGAGACUUUAAUCACUUAAAAAAAUGCCUUUUUUAAAAAAUGAAAAGAAUCAGCAGUCUAACACGGUUACUAAUUCAUUAUUUUUUCUCUAAAUAGCCAUCAGAUACUGUGACCACUGCCAGGUAAUCAAACCUGACCGCUGCCAUCACUGCUCCACCUGUGAGAUGUAAGUUUUUGCCAAGUCAUUCACGUAACAGUUCUGGCUCGUUGUUUCUAUUUUUAAAAUUUCUUUUCCUCAGAGUAGAAAUAAAAUCAAAAUUAAAAAUGCUAAUGUGUUGUGUUGAGAAAGAAUAAAUGGUUCAAGGUGGUGGCUUUUUUCUAACAGGAUUUAAUUUUUCCUUUCUGUCAUUCUUGGAGGUGUGUGCUGAAAAUGGACCAUCACUGCCCAUGGUAGGCUUUUGGCUUCUCACUUUGCAAUUAAAAAGCUUUUGAAUUGAUUACACUGAAAAGUAAAAAGUUCAGUAUUCAUAUUCUUUACCAGUCUCAUGUUUCUGUAAUUUUCCCCUUUAGGGUGAAUAACUGUGUCGGAUUCUCCAACUACAAGUUUUUUGUCUUGUUUCUGGCCUAUGCCUCACUCUACUGUGCGGUCAUUUGUGCCACAGUCAUCCAGUAUUUCAUCAAGUUCUGGACUGUAAGUGUACAAACUUCACCUUUUUUGCAGUUGUUUGGGGUUUUCUAAAGAUAUAUUGCUGUUUACACCAGAACAUCAUGGCAGUUACUUGAUUUUAUCUGGUGGUUAAACGUCAAGUGUGGGCAGGUUGUGGUGACGCAUGUGACCAGACACUUGUGAUUGCAUCGUAAGACCGACUCUUAUUGGUUUACAGAUGUGACACUGUAGAGUACAAGUGUCAUGUGACGUCUUAUCAGGAGAUCCUCUUCAGAACUCUUAUUUGCAUGAGACAAUAGCUCCUCUCACUUAGUCCAACAAUGAAGGAAUAAAUUGUGCUGCAGUGCCAAGACAAAGAGGAAAUAUUGUUCAGAAGGAAGAAAAUACAAAUUGUUGAAGUCUUCCUCGGUACUGAUGUUUUUGUCAGUGUUCAGAUAAAGACGGCUGGACACAAUGCAUGAGGCUAAAAUCACUUAUUUUUCUGUCUUCAGAAACAGCUGCCUGACACGCAUGCCAAAUUCCACAUCUUGUUCCUGUUCUUUGUAGCGGCCAUGUUCUUCAUCAGCAUCCUGUCACUUUUCAGCUACCAUCUGUGGCUCGUGGGGAAGAACAGGACCACAAUAGGUAGCUCUAAAACGCAUAACUUUUUAUGCAAUUCCUGGUUAUAACCUUUAAAGGUCACCACUAGUUCUUUGUAUUUCUUCUUUCAGAGGCUUUCAGGGCUCCUGUCUUCACUAACGGUCCAGAUAAAAAUGGGUUUUCUCUGGGCUUUCAGAGAAAUGCAGCUGAGGUGUUUGGAGAUCAAGCGAACUACUGGAUAUUUCCUGUUUUCUCAAGGUGAGUUUUGUUGAGCUGACCUGAUCAAACUAAAGCUAUGAUUUGUCUCAACAAUUAAAAAGGACUAAGAAAAGUGGCAGUACUAGUCUUAAGUCUGCACUGUGCUCAGAGCUGAGUAACUGUAUUUGCAGAUUAAGAUUUCAGUAGUUAUCAAUGGUGUUAAAGCUUUUUCAUGAAGCAAAGCAGGGUUGAGAUUUUUUCUUUUUGCAAUAUAAAUUGGGAUAUGAAAUUUUUUAGAAAUUUGAGCACCUUUUAAGUGUUUGAAAACAAUUACAUUUCAACAACAUAAUCAUUACUACUAUUUAGUAAUCCAUUUUUCUGCUUCCUUAUCACCACAAUGUUUUGGAAGUAAACACAUAGUGGUCCUGUUGGUUUUACAAUCUUUACGUGUGCCCACAACAUUAACAAGAACCUAGACAAGAGGGAAAGUGCAGUUUUAUUAGUCUCUUUUAAUAAAGCAUUUUCUGGUGUCAUGUCAUGUGACAGGGAUAGAGACACUCCCUGCACAGCAGUCAGUGGUUGUUUAAAUAAAGGGCUGUAUGAUUUUCAAAUGUUUAUCAUAGAUUUACCCUGGACAACAAGGGAGAGGUGAAUGCAUGCGCCUUUUAGGUCUUAUGACUGAUACAGCACGUUAUCCAGUGUGGCUAUCACACAUGCAUGUAUCACAGUUGUGGAGGUCCCAAAAUAAAAAUAUUGAGAAAUCACAAUUAACCAUGAAUGUGUUCUACACUGACCUGUUUCCUUUUGCUCUUCUUGUCUUUGUCUAAUAAGUCUGGGAGAUGGACAUUCUUUUGUUACCAGAUUGGUGCACAUAGAUCCUGAGCAAGCGAACAGUAUACUGCACCAGAACGGCAAAAGGCUAGUAUUGGUCAAUUUUUUUGUCUUCUGAAAUAAAAAACACAUAAUUGUUCAGUUUGUGUUUGGUGAUAAUCUUAAAUGUGACUUUAAAUACAGCCCUGUGGACGGGGAGGCCAAACCCUCUGUGCUUGGAAACAACAUACAGCACCCAGUGGAUGACAGCAAAGACAAAUUCAGUAUGUUUGAACCUCUGUUUUUUUUUUUAUUUUUUUAAAAUUUUGAUUGUAUACAGCUUUUCAUAUUUAUUUCUGCUCAAAAAGACAGCUAUGCCGGCUCCUGAAUCCUCUCUUGUGUCCUUCAUUUUUUCUUUCAGACGGAGGCCAGACAGUCUCUGUGACGAUGGAGGGCGAUCCAUAGUUGGUGUGUGUACAGAAAUCAUUUAGCUGUUGAGUUGUACUUUUCUGAUCUCCUCCUAUGUUCAACUGUGUUUUGUUGGCUUUUGUUGCAGGUCUCCUUCAUAUCAGCGAAAAAGCUUGUGAACUGUGUAGCCUUAAGCCAGAGGCAUCAGCAUCCUGGUGGAGCCGUAACCGCGAGCCACAUGGUUUUGCACAUAUUUUAAAAGGACCGUCUUUUAUCAAGUGUGCUUAGAUUAGCACCAAAAGAACACAUCAAAGACUGUACAACAAGCUCUUAGACUGAACAAGCCUGAAGCAGAGGUGACUCACAGGUUUUGUCUCUGUUUAAGCCAAAGACAUGCACGUGAUGUUGCGCUAUUGUUGCAUCUGAAAACUCAAAGACUGCUUUUCUCUCUGGACUUGAUGUACAACUCCAUCAUCUGUGUCUAUCUACAUGGAUUAAUGAUAACCUUAAACAUUUAAACAAGAAAAUCAUUGUUCACUAUUAAUGAAGCAUUAAUAACUAAGCAAUAAAUCUGGUGGAGUUUAAUGAGGAGCUGAUGAAGCCAGAAUCUGUGAUAAUACCCACAAAAGGCUCAUGUCAGCAGAUUGAGCUUUAUCACUUUGAGAGUCAGGCACAGUGCAGAUAAAGAUCCCAGCAUUCAAUUAUCACAUUGUCUUAUUUAGUUCACAGUUUACAUGAUUAGGAAUCUUAUGGUCUUUCUGUUUACACUUGUAAGAUAUUUAUUUUUUACAUUUCAAAUUUUAUACUGUGGUUGCACAUGGAACUGAUAAGAGCUUUUAAUGUUAGGACCAAAUCAGGUUUAACUACUGUUAAAUUCUAAUUUUAAAUGUUUAUUUCAUUUAUUUGAUUAUCAAACCAGUGGACUUUAUAUAAUGCAACACAACUGUAAAUGAGUUUGCCAUUUUUCAAUGCUUUAUUUAUAUUUAUAAUUUAUUUCUUUAAGUGUUUUUUUUUUAAUUGUUGGAGUCAGAAAAUUGUAAAACUUUCAAUAUCUUGCUUUACUUUAAUUCAGGAAUUCUUUAAAAAUGGCAUCUGGACUUCUUUGGUGAUCUUGAAGAUGUUUCGCCUCUUCUCCAAAAGGCUUCUGCAGGUCUAAGGGGACUGGUUCUAGAGCACAUCAUCGGUGUCUUGUAGGCACCUCUUGAGCCCUCUGUUGCAGGGUCUUCAAGAUCACCUAAGAAGUUCAGUUGUCAUUUUAGAAUAAUUCCUGAAUUACUAUGACCUGGAUGAAUGAGAACCUUUAUAUACAGCUUUACUUUAUUCUUUCUUUCUUUUUUUUAAAGGUAUAGAUGUCCAUUAUUGUCAUUGUUUCUCUUGUCCACAGAAGUUGUCACUGUUAUGAUCAAUCCUUUGCCACUUUAUGUAUUUAUGUUUUAAUUAAUCACUCUCGGGUGUUAAUGCCAAUGAUUAAUAUCUGUGUUCUUUCCACUUGUUGCUCCAGUUUGAUUAUUAGAUUUGUUUACCAGUUGGACUGGGAGGGCAAAAUGAGAACACAAUAAAACUCUGAAAAGAUACCAUCAUAAA